UAUAUACUCUUUGGUUUACACGUAGUCUCUCUAACACUCUCUAAUCUGUGUUUCUGUUGUAAACAAACAUUAAGUUACGAAAAUAUAAGUAGCUUUUAAUUAUUAUUAUUUUAAUGAAAUGGAAGAUUCCAAGAUGAUUAUUUGGUUAACAGAAACUAUACUUAGCAGUAGUGAUGACAGUGAUGUAAGUAGCUGGGGAGAAAUAUGCAGCGAAAAAUAUGAAUCUUCUGAAGAAGAUGAUGAAAGUGAUAAAUUGUUUUUUCCAUUGAUGCAGUAUUUAUUAAGACUUAGGAGAAAACGUGUUGAUGAUUAUUUGCAUAUUAUUGAUUCAUGGUCUGAUACAGAAUUUAAAAAACGUUUAAGAAUAUCUAGAAAAACAGCAAUGCGUUUAAUUGCUGACUUGGAAAAAUCUGGAUUUAUAGCAUCUCAUAAGUUUGGAUUAAAGCCAUUGGAACCAAAAUUAUGUUUUUAUAUAUUUUUAUCAUUUAUUGCUAAUACAGAACCAUUAACUCCCAUGGCAACUCGUUUUGACAUAUCAAUAUCUUCAACAUUCAGAGUAAUCAGGAGAGUUGUUGCAUGGAUUUUAACUAAAUUAAAUGAUGCUAUUAAAUGGCCCCAAGAUUAUAAUGAAAUAAAAACUAUAUGUGAGACAUUUCAUGUUAAAACUGGAAUAUCAAAUAUGUUGGGUGUCAUUGAUUGUACUCAUAUAAGAAUUGAGAAACCUAAGAAUGCAAGGCAAUAUUGUAAUCCCAGAGGAUACUUUUCAGUAAUUCUUCAAGCUACUGUUGAUGCCAAUAUGCGAUUUACAAAUAUAUUUUGUGGAGAACCAGGUUCUUCAAAUUGUUCUCGUGUACUAAGAAAAUCACCAUUAUAUAAUACAGCAUCGCAAAAUAGAAAUGCACUGUUUCCAGACAAUACAUUUUUAGUUGGCCAUUCAGGAUAUCCUGCUUUACCAUGGUUGGUUCCCCCAUUUCGUGAAAAUAAACGAUUAACAUUGCAACAAAGGGAGUUCAAUUCAUUACAUUCUGCUACUAGAAAAAUAAGUGAUAAGGCAUUCCAACUCUUAAAACGAAGAUUUCAACGUAUCAAACUUUUCACAGUUUACAGAAAUAUUGCAUUCAUCACAGAUACAAUUGUAGCAGCAUGUAUUUUACAUAAUUACUGUCUUAAUGAAAAUGAUUACUUAGAAGAACAAGAGUGACUGAAGAGAAAGAUCAUAUUUUCAUAUAUUUUCUAUUUUGCUAACAUGUUUUAUAUCACUAAAAUCAACAUACUAAUGUAAUGGUGGAUGUUUCUCUUGUCACUUACUAAAUAACUAAUAACUACACUAAUGGUGUAUACAGUUUUCUUGCAGACCAUGGUCAUCAUUAAAAGUAUCAUAAUGGGAGAAUAGGGAUUGGUGGUAAUGAAGCCAAAAGUGAUCCCAUUGCUAGCAAUAUACCCUGUCAGGUUGACCUCCUUGUGGUUCUCCCUGGAAACAAUUGUGACUUAUUCUUAAGGAAUUCAUCACGAUAGGCUAACUGACCUUUUUUUAUCCUCACCUAUCACCUUCUACCUAUCUUUACCAUUUGUUGGUGCCCCGCUAGUGUACACCGAUAACAAUGCAGAUGUGGUUAUCAUUCCAUUAUUAUCAAUUUAAAAAUAAAGCAUCAUGAUUGAGGUGUUAGCCCACAAGAACAACCUUAACUGAUCUUCUGGUCAUGAGCUCAAUCUCUAUUCAUGAGACUGGGCAUAUGUGUUUUCU